AUGUCGACCAAGAACGAAAGGAUUCCAAGUGAGAAGAUUAAAGGACUCACAGCUCGAGCCUUUAACAGUGAAAAGGUGAUACACCUUCCAGCUGCAUACACUAGAGACAUAAUGCCAGCCAACAGAGAACACAUCCCCACUCCUGAAGUAGCUCGCUCUUUCCCACAUUUGGUUCCAAUUGCUGACCAACUUCUGCCUCUGAAGCACUGUGAAAUAGGAUUGUUGAUCGGCUAUGAUUGUGGAAGAGCUCUGACUCCUCGAGAUGUGAUUCCCUCCCAAGAAGAUGACGGUCCAUUUGGAAUGAAAACUGACUUGGGAUGGAGCAUAGUGGGUGUUACAAGUCAAGAUGAACAGCACUACAACCCCGAUGAUCACGUUGGCCACAGUCAUCGCUUGACAGCACGUGAAAUACCCGCUGAACUAGCUGAAAGAGACAUGUCCAUCAAGAAGAGAGUAACGUUCACUCACAACGUUACAAUCAAAGAAGAGAUCAGCCCUUCGUCUGUGCUGAAGCUGAUGGAAAGAGAUUUCUCAGAGAGCAGAAGUGAGGUACCAUUUUCGCAACAUGAUACAAGAUUUAUGAGAAUCAUGUCGGAGAAUGUCCAUAUCACAGAUGAUGGUCAUUACGAGACUCCUCUUCCCUUUAAAGAAGAUGUCGUCAACCUUCCCAACAACAGAUUCAUGGCGGAAAGGAGAUUGAGUCAUCUAAAGAGAAAGUUUCAAAGAGACUCUGAGUAUCAUCAGAAAUACUCGGAAAAGAUGGAUGCUCUCUUGGAGAAAGGAUAUGCUGAAAGUGUACCAGAAUAUGACAAGCAGAACGGCCAAGCAUGGUACAUUCCCCAUCAUGGGGUAGUACAACCCAACAAGUUACGAGUUGUGUUUGAUUGCAGUGCAGAAUUUGGAAAGGAAUCUCUCAACAAGCAGCUUCUUUCUGGACCAGAUCUGACUAACACACUAGUGGGAGUACUUUGCAGGUUCAGACUGGAACCAAUCGCAUUUUGUUGCGAUAUACGUGAGAUGUUCUACCAAUUCAAGGUGAAGGAAGAUCAUAGGAAAUACCUACGGUAUUUGUGGUGGAAGGAUGGAGACUUUCUGCAACAGCCCCAUGAGCUAAGAAUGACUGUCCAUUUGUUUGGGGCGACGUCGUCUCCAGGAUGCUCAAACUUUUGUUUGAAACAGAUUGCCAGCGACCAUGCUAUUGAAUUUGGAGAGGAUGUAAAGAACUUUGUACAUCAUAACUUCUACGUGGACGAUGGGCUAAUAUCUGUUCCUACCAAAGAAGAGGCCAAGAAUCUGAUCUCGAGAACCAGAGAGAUGUGCAAGAAAGGAGGCCUCCACUUGCACAAAUUCAUCUCAAACACCCAAGAAGUGCUGGAAACAGUUCCGGAAGAGGAUAGAGCAAAGGGCACUACCAAGACUAAUCUCCUACAGGAUAAGCUUCCUUUGCAGAAGGCACUUGGGGUGCAAUGGUGUGUGGAAUCUGACACGUUCCAAUUCAGAGUCACACUCGAUGACAGACCUCUAACCAGGCGCGGAAUACUGUCAACCGUGAUGUCGAUCUAUGACCCUAUGGGAUUACUAGCCCCGAUUGUCUUACCUGGUAAGCAGAUUCUGCAAGAGCUGUGUAAGAUGUCUGCUGAUUGGGACGACCCCCUGCCAGAUCAUCUCAGAGAAAGAUGGGAGAAAUGGACAACUGAUCUGCAUAAUCUUGGCUCCCUAUCAAUACAGAGAUGCUACAAACCUGCAGACUUCGGUGAGGUUACGACCAUGCAGAUGCACCACUUCUCCGAUGCUAGUUCCGAGGGAUACGGCCAAUGCUCAUACAUGAGAAUUAAGAAUGGAGAGGGAAGAGUCCACUGUAUCCUGGUGAUGGCAAAGUCCAGGAUUGCCCCGCUCAAGGCAGUAACAAUACCCCGUUUGGAACUAUCAGCUGCCGUUGUUUCCAUUAGGGUGAGCACAUUUCUUCAGCGAGAGUUAGCCUUGGAGGACAUUGAGCAUAUCUACUGGACAGACAGCAAUGUGGUACUUGGAUACAUAAACAAUGAAUCGAAGCGGUUCCAUGUGUUCGUAGCAAAUAGGAUCUGUGAGAUCAGACAACACUCAGAAUCAUCGCAGUGGAAGCACGUUCGAACACAGGACAAUCCAGCAGAUGGAGCUUCCAGAGGGUUUACCGUUGACCAACUCAUCACUUCGAACUGGUUCACUGGCCCAGAUUUUCUAUGGGAAGAGACGGUUCCUCGCGCUGAUGAUCAGGAGGAAUUCGAGGUUUCACCAGGUGACCCCGAGGUGAAGAAGUCUAUGGUGAACGCGACUGUAAUGGGUGACUCCAAGUUUGAUCUGAGUCGCCUAGACCGAUUCCCGACAUGGUAUAGAGCAAAGAGGGCGAUGGCUUAUUGUCUGCUGUUCAUCACAAGACUGAAACAACGUUGUCAAAGAAAACGUACAAGACAGGCAAAUGAUGACUCAACUUCCCAAGGCAAAGUCUCGGUGCAGAAUCUACAACAGGCAGAAACUGAGAUACUGAGACACGUCCAGAGUGAAGCCUUUGGGGAAGAAAUAGAAAUCCUGAAGUCAAUCCAGAGGAAACAGGAUCUGAAUGACAGGCAGAGAAGACGUCAAAUAAAGAAAGAAAGUCGUCUCCAUGGACUUGACACUUUCCUGGAUAAAAAGGGAAUUCUAAGAGUUGGAGGAAGAAUUCGAAGGGGAGACGACUCAUAUGACAGAAAGCAUCCCCUGAUUCUCCCACAAAGAAGCCACGUAACGGACCUUGUGAUACGUCACUGUCAUGAGUUGACUGCUCAUCAAGGAAGAGGCAUGACAUUGAACCAGAUAAGAGAGAAUGGAUUUUGGGUUCUUGGAAGCAGUAAUCGAGUGGCCAAUUUCAUACGAAAAUGUGUCAUAUGCAAUAGGCUACGUAGUCCCGCACAAUUACAGAAGAUGUCUGAUCUACCGUCUGACCGUGUGUUACCUGCAGCACCUUUCACUUACUGUGGCAUCGACUGCUUUGGCCCAUGGGUGAUAAAGGAAGGUAGAAAGGAGAUGAAGCGAUAUGGACUUCUCUUCACAUGCAUGCCUUCGAGAGCCGUGCAUAUUGAGACACUCAAUAGUCUGACUACAGACUCAUUCAUUCAGGGAUAUCGUCGCUUUGCUGCUCUGAGGGGUCCAAUACGUCAACUGAGAUGCGACAGGGGAACGAACUUCGUUGGCGCAGAAGCAGAGUUAAGGAAAGCGUGGUCAGAAAUGAAUCACGAACAUGUCAAAGGCACUCUAAUGAAAGAAGGAUGUGACUACGUACAGUUCACUUUCAACGUCCCCGCGGCAAGCCAUAUGGGUGGAGUAUGGGAGCGCCAAAUAAGAUCUGCCAGGAGAGUGCUUGAAACUUUGCUGUAUCAAUCGAGUAGACAACUCAAUGAUGAAUCACUGAGAACACUGAUGUAUGAAGCGGCUGCAAUUGUCAAUAGCAGGCCGCUGACUGUGACUGACCUGAACGACCCAACAUAUUUGGCUCCUCUUACGCCAAAUCAUCUCAUAACCAUGAAGUCGAAAGUCUUACUUCCUCCACCAGGCAAUUUUCAGGACGCUGAUUUGUACUCCAGAAAGCGUUGGAGGAGGGUACAACAUCUGAUCAACGAGUUCUGGGAUCGUUGGAGAAAGGAGUUUCUCCAGAACUUACAGACACGCCAGAAAUGGACUCGGCCCCGACGGGAUGCUAAGAUUGGGGAUAUCGUCAUCAUGAAAGACGAGAACUUGCCACGAAAUCAAUGGUCCCUAGCAAGGAUAAGCGAGGUCUUUCCUUCUACCGAUGGACUCAUUCGUAAAGUGAAGCUCGUAAAGGGUGACUCCGAACUUGACGACAGCGGUAAGCGUAAAGGACCUGUGAAAGAACUAGAGCGUCCGAUACACAAACUGGUUUUGCUGCUUCCGCGUGAAGACCAGGACGGAUUCCCGACCAAGGAGCCUUGA